AUGGGUAUCGUCGACAAGAUAGAAGACAUCGAGAAGGAGAUGGCUCGGACCCAGAAAAAUAAGGCUACCGAGUAUCAUCUGGGACUUUUGAAGGCAAAGCUCGCCAAAUACAGAGCUCAGCUCCUCGAACCGGAGAAGAAGUCUGCCAAAGGAGAAGGAUUCGACGUUCUGAAAUCAGGUGACGCUCGUGUGUGUAUGAUCGGAUUCCCCUCCGUUGGAAAGUCUACCUUGUUAUCCAAAGUCACAAAGACCGAAUCUGUCGUCGGCGCUUAUGAAUUUACGACCUUGACUGCUAUCCCAGGUGUGCUCGAGUAUGAAGGUGCCAGAAUACAGCUGCUUGAUUUGCCUGGUAUCGUGCAAGAUGCUGCCAAGGGUCGAGGUCGUGGUAGGCAGGUCGUGUCUGUGGCCAAGACGGCCGACAUCAUUCUUCUUAUGAUCGACGCGACAAAGUCUGCUGAGCAGAAGAAGCAGCUGGAAGUUGAAUUAGAAGCUGUGGGCAUUCGACUCAACACCAGUCCACCUGAUGUCGUUUUCAAGCAAAAGCAGGCUGGUGGUAUCUCUCUCAACUGCACCGUCAAGCUCACAAAAACGGACGAAAGAACCAUCCGCUCCAUUCUCCAGUCUUACAAAAUUCACAACUGCGACGUCAUGAUCCGCGAAGACAUUACCACUGAUGAAUUCAUUGACGUCCUCCUGGGCACACGAAAGUAUAUCCCCGCUCUUACAGUCAUCAACAAGAUCGACGGUGUCUCUAUGGAAACGCUGGACCAGAUGGCUAGGGAAGGAGAUGGGCGAACGGUGAUGAUCAGUUGCGAGAUCGAUCUGGGAUUGGACUGGUUAUUAGAGACCAUCUGGCAAGAACUGGGGCUUGUCAAAGUGUACACCAAAAGACGAGGGGAGAACCCCGACUUGGGCGAUCCCAUCUGCCUCCGACAAGGAGCCACUAUCGAAACAGUCUGUCACGGUAUCCAUCGUGGCUUGGCUUCACACUUCAAGUAUGCGUUGGUAUGGGGCAAGUCGAGCAAAUUCAAUCCUCAACCGCAAAAGGUCGGUUUGACCCAUCAUGUUCAGGACGAAGAUGUGUGA